AUGUGGCUGCGCUGGAAUGUGGGAAUUGUUGGGCCCUGCCCCACCCCAGCUACUAGUCCUGAAGAUGGUGCUGGUGACCCUCCCCUUCCCUCCUUGUUGGUGCUCUUGUCUGGGCCUUGCGCCACAGACCUCAGGGACCUCACGUGCCACGAACGUUGGGGAAAGGGGCGGGGCCUGACUCGCGGCCUCAUUUCCUCCUCAGGACGCCAUUCGGGUGCGGGCUCCGUGAGGAAGGCCCGAGUGGACACGCAGGAGCCCGCAGUGGGCACCGGCGGAGCCGCGGGAGGAGGAGGAGGAGAAGAAGGAGAGCAUAGAGGGCAGAAUCGUCCUCGUGCUCCCGAAGACCAGCGCAGCCCCGGCCGUUCUUCAGCGGGCGAAGGCCGCAGUGACGACGAAGACGACGUCCGGGAGCCGCGCGGCGCUCAGGAUCCCGGUAACGAGGCUGCUGCGGGCGACCCCGACGAGGGAGGCCCUGUCCAGCAAGGGGGGCCUGGUGAAGGAGCAGCUGCUGCGCCCCAGGACGCUCAGGCACCACUCGCCUCCGGGCCCAGCGGAGCUGCUGUGAUGGCGAUGGGAAAUCGACUCCUGGAGUUCUCUGUUACAGUGCCUUUCCGUUCCCCUCUGGAAGCACACAUGGCUCGCACGUCUUUGAUCUCAAAUGCUCAGCUCCAACAAAUGAUGGUUCAGCAGGAGUUCACAGUGGAUAACAGUACCCUGUCUGCUAGGUUGACGUCUGAAGACCCUAAUCUCUUCCGAAUUUCCAUUAACAUCUUCCAUGACCAGUUUUUCCUGGUGUUGAGGAACAUUCAGAAUCAAGAGUUAGUGGCAGAUGUAAAAUGAGGACAAGGAAGGAGGCCUGAUGUCUAGUAUUUGGGUGCUUUCCUCAUCCACACAUGACAAAGGCAGAAGCAUUUAAUGUUUUUGGUUCAAUAUUAUAUCAAAGUCCUGGUUUUUGACUCUAUGUUCUCCAUAGUAGUCUCUUGGUAGACUUGUUUUCCUGUUGUUAAGA